AUAUGGCGGACACCUUGGUCGGGCCCAACGCCAACUGUCCUUUUUAAGGUUAGUGUUUUACACUCUUACAUUACGAUCACCUAUUCCCAUGGAUCUACCGGAGAAAAACUCAUCCUAUAAACUACAAGAAUACUGGGAUAGACGCUUUUCGAAAGAGGACAACUUUGAAUGGUGCAGAAGCUACAAAGAUUUUAAGCAUCUAAUCUUCGAACAUGUGAACCGUAGCGAUCGAAUACUCAUGUUAGGGUGUGGAAAUAGCUCUUUAAGCGAAGACAUGUACCGUGACGGGUAUAAAAAUAUCGUUAAUAUCGACUUCUCAGCUGUAGUAAUUGAAAAUAUGAAGCGAAAAUGCAAAGAUUUGGUCGAGAUGCAGUGGAUGGUAAUGGACAUAACAAACAUCGCGUUUACAGAAAGUUCGUUUGAAGUUAUUAUUGAGAAGGCAACAUUGGAUGCACUUAUGGUGGAGGAAAGAGAUCCUUGGAACCCAACAGAAGAUAUGCGGAAUCGUAUGGAUUCUGUUCUAACGCAGGUGUCAAACAUUUUAAAAGAUGGAGGACGCUUUAUUUCUGUGACAUUUUCACAGCCUCAUUUUAGGAAACCUUUUCUUGCAAAGUCACAGUACAAUUGGUCAAUUUCUCAGCAGACAUUUGGCGACUCCUUUCAUUUCUUUUUCUUUGUGAUGGAAAAAGGAAGACCAAUGAGUGAUGGGGACAAGGAGUUAGAAAUUUACAUGGAAAAUAAAGUACAUCAUGACAAGGAUAGCACGUGUGAAAAUGAAUCAUGUUGGAAACUUGCUGAAGACACUGAGGACUUCUUAUUUAAUGUGGCUCUGUAACUAGACUCUGAGUAGGUGCUAAUGUUAUUCUUGAAACCAGAUGCAAUGAAUUAGACCAGGGGGUCUGGGGUGAAAUUAGAGGUCACAUGCUGGAGGGAACUCUCUUUACCUAUCACUUGUUAAAGAGUGGAUUAGGUACAUCACUGAUCUAAAAAUGGAUUUGCUCAACAGGAAAGCCACAGAUCCGAAUUCCUGAUCCUUAUUCUUCCAUAGGAAUACACCCUAAACAAGUGACUGUGUGGUACAACUUUGACUGUAGGUUAAAUUGACAAUGUGAUUGGGGUCACUUUUUCCACCAAAUAAAUAGGCACCUGUAAUUUUUUACCAGGGAUAAGUAUGCCUUAGUAUUUUGGGCAUAACUAGAGAAUAUAAUUUUCAUGCGAGUAGCUGAAUCAAAAUCACAAAACUAUUGAGUGAAAGCUAAAUGCGUGAAUGUAAUUAAGAAUUAUUACAUCAAAAAAAGCAGUAGAGAACAACAUUUGGAAGUUAAGAUACUCACUGUAUUUAACUCAGGUGGAUGUAACUCAGAUGGAUGUAAGAUGUCCCUUAUACCAGAAAAACAAGCCAGCCAACAAACAGCAAAAAAAAGGUUACUAACUACACUGUAUAGGCACAGUUUUUACCUUAAUGUUUGUUUCCUUUUUCUUCAUUUGGCAACAUUGUUCCAAUCAAUCAAAGUAAUUUCUAAGUAUGCCCUGUAACCAGACUGGCUAUGUCAGCAAGGCAAAUUGUAACGUUUCCUGUUCAAAUAGGAAAUUUCAGCUUGAUUACAUUAUCUGUCUAGUUUUAUCUCCA